AAUAAACAAUAAGAAGUGGUCACCCCAGAAAGUAGUUCGUAAAACUUCCGCCAGAGGGCGGCACGCGCAGCGCAGCCAACUUCACGUCCAGCUGUCAUUUCUUUCUCUUUUUCGCCUCCACCGACGAGUUGCGGUCGCUAGAUUUGUAAAUUUCUACAAAAACCCAAUAAAAUGGAGAACGACGCCGGUGAGAAUGUUGAUCUGUACGUGCCCCGCAAGUGCUCGGCCUCCAACAGGAUCAUCCACGCCAAGGACCACGCCUCCGUGCAGCUGAGCAUCGUGGAUGUGGACCCCGAGACCGGUCGCCAGACCGACGGCUCCAAGACCUACGCCAUCUGCGGCGAGAUCCGUCGCAUGGGCGAGUCCGACGACUGCAUCGUGCGUCUGGCCAAGAAGGACGGCCUCAUUACCAAGAACUUCUAAAUAUGUGUCGAGCCCAUAACUAGAUCUUGAUUUGGUAAUAAAGCGAAUUCCCUUUGUAAUUUAACGUAAAA